AUGUCUCAACAAAUGAACAAUCCUAGCAUUAGAAGAAAAUUGGUUAUCGUGGGUGAUGGUGCCUGUGGUAAGACAUGUUUGUUGAUCGUGUUUGCUAAAGGAAAGUUUCCUCAGGUGUAUGUUCCAACUGUUUUUGAUAACUACGUGGCAGAUGUUGAAGUUGACGGGCGUCGUGUGGAGUUGGCACUAUGGGAUACAGCCGGGCAGGAAGAUUACGAUAGAUUGAGACCUUUGUCAUAUCCUGAUUCGAACGUUGUUUUGAUUUGUUAUUCUAUUGAUUUACCUGAUUCUUUGGAGAAUGUGAUGGAAAAGUGGAUUAGUGAGGUUUUAUACUUCUGUCAGGGAGUGCCUGUUAUUUUGGUGGGUUGCAAGGCAGACUUAAGAAACGAUCCACAAGUGAUUGAGCAGUUGAGACAGCAGGGCCAACAGCCGGUAUCUCAGGCGCAAGCUCAGGAGGUUGCAGACCAAAUCGGCGCGGUCGAAUACAUUGAAUGUUCUGCAAAGACUGGAUUUGGUGUCAGAGAAGUUUUUGAGGCAGCCACUAGAGCCUCCUUGAUGGGCAAGCAGGGCAAGUCCAAGGCCAAAUCGGACAAAAAGAAGAGGCGGAAGUGCGUUGUCUUAUGA